AUGUCGAGCCAACAGCCAACCACAACCAACUGGGCAGAUGACGAGCUUGAUGAGCAGGAGCUUCCCCAGGCCGAGGUGAUUCAGAACGACGAUGGCACGCGCACUGUGAUUGAGUACCAUCUGAACGAGGACGGCAAGAAAGUCAAGGUGACGCGCCGCAUGCAAGGCCGCGUCGUGCAAGAGAAGGUUAACCGCGCGGUGGCUGAGCGCAAGAAGUGGGCCAAGUUCGGAGCCGAGAAGAACUCCGCGCCGGGGCCCAAAUUGCAACAACCAACGUCGCUCUCGCAGUACGCAGCGCAGCAGAAGCAGCAGGAGCUGGACGUUAUGGAGGCGGAGAAGAAGGCAGCGGUCAAGAGCUCACAGAUUCGCUGCCGCACGUGCCGCGGCCUUCAUUUCACGGCGCUGUGCCCGUACAAGGACACGCUGGUUCCACUCGAGGAGAUUACCGGUGCGGCCGCUGCUGCCACCGACGCUGGUGCCAGUGCUGGUGCUGGCGCUGCUGCGGGCGGGAACUCAAUCAGAAUCACCAACUUGUCUGAGGACACGCAGGAGGAGGACGUCAGGCAACUGUGCAAACCGUUUGGCUCUGUGUCGCGCGCGUUCGUCGCAAUUGACCGCAAUACUGGCGCCUGCAAGGGCUACGCGUUUGUGUCGUUCCAUGAGGAGGACGCGGCCAAGAAGGCCAUCGCCAAGCUCAACGGCUAUGGAUUUGACAACCUGAUUCUGAGCGCCGAGUGGGCCAACAGCGAGAAGAAGCUCUGA